CUUGUUAUCGAUAGUUUUCAUUUUCUUUUUAAUUAGUUUGUCAGAAAAUCAGCUGUUUUUGACUUUGUAUCGUUUGCUGAGGUAACGAUGGCGAAGUAUUUGGGCCUCGACCGACUCGCUAAAAUUUUUCAAAUUAUCCGCCAAGCAGGUGGGAUAAAAAAGGCUUAUAUGAAGCUGUACAGAUACGAUGAUCUUAAAAUUGGAACACUGGUGGGCACAGACAAGUAUGGUAAUAGGUAUUAUGAAAAUCCUUAUUACUUUUAUGGCCGCAACCGCUGGGUGGAAUAUGCGGAUCAUUUAAAUUUGGAUUAUGAUGGCUCACAAAUACCUGCCGAUUGGUAUGGUUGGAUGCAUUACAAGACCGAUUUACCGCCAAUUCGUGAUGGUAGCCGCCCCAAGUACAAGUGGAUGGCUGAUCACAGUGAAAACCUGUCUGGCACCAAAGAGCAAUAUAUGCCAUACUCAACAACGCCGCCCAAAAUCGAGGCUUGGGAUCCAAAAAAAUUGAAAUAAGUAACCUUUUGAAUAAAACUGUACAAUAAAUAAAUGAUCGUUAAAUAAAUAGUAAAUAAC